AUGCCCCUUCCUUCGCCGCGUACGGUCCAAACCGAUCCUAAUAUUUUACGUAAAUUACAUCUCGCCCAUACGAAAUCCAUUGCGAAUGCCCAAAGUUUGAUUGAUGUGAAACCGACGAAGAUGUUGGCAACAACCUUUUUGAAUAUGAAUAAACUUAAGGAUGAUUUCAAGGCUAGCAAAAGGAUACUCAAGGAUAAUAUACAACUGCUGAAACGGAUAAAUUAUAUACAACGAAAUCAUGGCAAAACAGAAUGCUACAACAAAUACCAGGGACAAAAGCGGGCCUAUUUGGAAAAUGUGAAUAGGCAACGGGAAAGAAUACAAAAGGAGAAUUUCGAAUUGGGUUGUCGUUUGCUGAAGAUUACCUCAACAAUGGAUACUCAUGAAAGAGUUAAGCAGUCAAAGGAUUUAAUCGAAAGAGAAGAAAAACAACCAUCCCCACCGCUUGAUGAGGCAAUGUUAAGUGCCUACAUGGAGGUGGCAUUGGUAAAAGAAAGAGAAAUGAUGGAACAGCUGCUAAGGCCUAAAAUCUAUUUGGAUCUCGGUGUCAAGAACAUCCGUCACUUGGGUCGAUUUGUUAUUCAGCUAUACACUGAGGCAUGUCCUGAUUUGGUAUUGCAGUUUGUACGGCUUUGUACCCAUAAUAUGUGUGAUCAAAUCCAAUUUAUACGCAUCUUUCCUCUGCUAUGGCUUGAACUAGAACUUGCAGUAGAAAAUGAAAUUCUAAUUAUCUACAAGGAUUCCCAUGGGGUCUGUUAA